GGACAAGGAAGCAUGUUAGAAGACUCUUCUCAGUGGCCAACACAUUCCCCUUUCAUGCUGAUUGGCUCCUAGGAGCCAUAGGGACCCUGCUCCCCAAACCCUAAGGGGUCUGAGACCCCCGAGACCCUGGACAACGGCACCCCUGGGAGAGACUCUCUCUUUUUUUCCGGUUUGUCGGUCCCGGGUCCCUCCUCCGUGCACAAAGGAAAAGCAAGCCAUUGAUGGGGGAAGGGAAGCAGCAACGUGGGCGGAUCGUGUGAAUGCGAAAGUAAAAUCACUGCUCCGAUUCCGGGAAGGGACACUCGGAGAAGGAGGCCGGGGCUAUCGCUGCUGCUUGGACAACUGCCCUGAGCACACACACGCACACACCCCACUACAGUAAGGCAACAACGUCCCCACGAUGGCCAAAUCCUGCACCUUCCAAGUCGGCAAAGAGUCCCGUGCAAAGAUGGCUCUUUUCAAAGAGUCCCUUUUGAAAGAGGGCGAAGAAUUUCUUUGCAUGUUUUUACCUACAAAAAUAUUUCAACUGGAUCAGUUUCUGAAGGGAGAUUUGCUGAACAUUAAAGAUUUGACUACUCUCCGUGCCCCGUUGGACAUCCCCAUUCCAGACCCCCCUCCCAAAGAUGAUGAGAUGGAGACGGAAAAGGAAAACAAAGAAGCUCCAAAAUGUGGCUACCUUAAGGGCAACGAAGCGAUCAUUUCGCUUUUGGAUCGCGUCAAACCUGAAGUUCGGGAGUUCAAAGAGAAAUGCAUACUGGUUACAACCUGGAUUCAGUACAUGAUUCCCAAAAUUGAGGAUGGCAAUGAUUUUGGGGUGGCAGUUCAGGAGAAGGUGCUAGAACGUAUCACAGCCCUGAAGACCAAAGCGGAGGCCUUCCAAACCACCAUUGCAAAAUAUUUUUUAGAGCGUGGAGAUGCGGUUGCUAAGGCUUCCAAGGACACCCAUGUGAUGGAUUACCGGUGUUUAGUUCAUGAACGAGAUGAGGCUGUAUACAGGGAAAUCCAAACCAUGGUGCUUGAUAUCCGUGGGUUCUAUGCUGAGUUAUACCACAUCUUGAGCCAAAACCUGGAGAAAGUGACCAACCCCAAAGGUGAGGAGAAGCCAUCGAUGUACUGAUGGGAUCGUUUUGCUGGAACUGGAAGGUGACAAUGUCAGCCGAAUCCUUCUCCAACCUUCUGUUGGGGGCGGGGGGACAGAGAAAUAUGAGGAUAAAAUGAAAAUGAACAGAGAGAUAGAAAAGUAGAUGCACAGAUGUCUGUGUGACUGAGGCAGGAACAAGCAGCAGGAUGAAUAAUGCCUUAACGCAGUUUUGUUUCGUUUACUCUUGUCUUUUGUUUCUUACAAACGUUCGUGAAACUGAAUGUCAGAAAAACUGUCUUUUUCCUGGUUAAGUUUUUACUAGCUCUAUAUAUUUUUAAAUUGUUUCAUUCUAGAACUUUACUUUAGCAUACACACACACACCCCGCCUCACGUGGUGCUGAUUCUGGCUGGGGCUGAUGGAGUUUAGUCAAACACAUUGAGGGCAACCAUCAGUUGGGCUGGUUGUCUUAGCAUUUCUCUCUUUGUAAUCAAGUUAAUAUAGCCUGCUCCAAUCUCUGUUAAGAUUGGCACACUCAACCAAGAAACCCAUAGCUGAGGCUUAAAACAAGAUUUUUUUAAAAAAAAUUGUGCUCUGAAUUCCUGUGCCUGAAGGCUGUUCAUGCUGCUUGAAAACUUGUGAUCUUUGAAAAUGAUUAAUAAUAAUAAUAAAAUGACUUAUUUCUCUUG